CCAGACGCAUGCGUUCGGGGAUGAAAUCACAUUUGAUAAACGGGGAUGUAGCAAGGGGUUACAGCUCCAAGUUAGGCUGUUAUAUUUGCCAUAAAUAUGACAAUAACGACGAGUUAAUACGUGCCGAUAAGCCGUGUCGACGACGGAAGAGUGCCGAGUCCGCACAAGUGAUAAUCGAUUUUUGUUGCUAAAACACACAUAAACAAAGUGUAAACAAUUAGUAUGCUAGUUGCUAAUUUGAGGAUAUUUGCCGACGAUUGUGGUUAAAAUGAGUGAAAGCGACUAAUUGCUGUGACUUUUUAUUAAAAAAUGGCCAUAAAAGCAAGUGCUUGAGAAGCGAGGGACGAUGUUAAUUUCUAUCUUCCUCUUGGUUGGGGUUUGUUCCAGGAUUCCUCUUCUUGUAAGGUCGCAAAGAAGCAUGGUCUCAGACAGAUUGGAAAACGUAACGCAAACAAUUCACCGUCUGCUGGAGGGUUACGACAUUCGCCUAAGACCGAAUUUUGGAGGCGAGCCACUCUUCGUCGGAAUGGAUCUGACGAUUGCGAGCUUCGACGCGAUCUCGGAAGUAAACAUGGACUACACCAUAACGAUGUAUCUGAACCAAUAUUGGAAGGACGAGCGGCUAGCCUUCAGCAACGAGGAGGAGAUCCUCACCCUCUCGGGCGACUUCGCCGAGAAAAUCUGGGUGCCAGACACGUUCUUCGCCAACGACAAAAACAGCUUCCUGCACGACGUCACCGAGAGGAACAAGCUGGUGCGACUCAACGGAGACGGCGCCAUCACGUACGGGAUGCGCUUCACCACCACGUUGGCGUGCAUGAUGGACCUCCACUACUACCCCCUGGACUCGCAGAACUGCACGGUGGAGAUCGAGAGCUAUGGCUACACCGUGCUCGACGUCUUGAUGUACUGGAAAGACACCCCCGUGCGGGGGGUGGAGGAGGCCGAGCUGCCCCAGUUCACGAUCAUCGGAUACGAGACGAACGACAGAAAAGAAAGGCUGGCGACCGGAAUCUAUCAGCGGCUGUCCUUAUCUUUCAAGCUCCAGAGGAACAUCGGAUAUUUCGUCUUUCAAACAUAUCUCCCCAGCAUUCUUAUUGUGAUGUUAUCCUGGGUUUCCUUCUGGAUAAAUCACGAGGCGACGAGCGCCAGAGUCGCCCUAGGUAUUACGACGGUGUUGACGAUGACGACGAUCAGCACGGGGGUGAGGAGCUCCUUGCCGAGGAUCAGCUACGUCAAAGCGAUCGAUAUUUAUCUCGUGAUGUGUUUUGUGUUCGUCUUCGCGGCGCUGCUGGAGUACGCCGCAGUUAAUUACACGUACUGGGGCGCCAGGGCGAAGAAGAAGAGUAAAAAAUCAAAAGAUGUCGAGGAGAAAAAGUCGACGACCAAAUCCUCCGAGCAACCCUUCACCACCGAAGACAUAAUCGAGCUUCAGGACGUCCGGAUGAGCCCGAUCGCCUCCAUCAGGAACCGCCACAACUCCAAAUCCCACGUCUGCGACCUAGACUCGUCCAAGUUCCCCCCCAGCUUCCGGAUUUCGCGAUCUUCCGGCUACACCUACAACUACCGGACUUCGGCGGGCUUGAGGCUUCGAGGGUCAAAAGGCAACUCGGUGCACCGACCCAAGGUGCUGCACGCCAUCCGGCGCGGCGCCCUGGUGCUCAAGGCCUCCAUGCCGAAGAUCAAGGACGUCAACGUCAUCGACAAGUACUCGAGGAUCGUGUUUCCGGUCACCUUCUUGCUGUUCAACGCUGGCUACUGGCUGUUCUACUUUUUCGAGUGACGCUCGUUUUUCUGCGGGGUGUAGGCUCGGAAAAGACUUCGAACUCGCGCAGAGGUUGAGUGGGGGGCGAUUUUGUCUUUUCGGGGUUUUGGGAACGAACUUGUACAUAGACCAAACUUAGGGAUAGGAGUUCUGUGGAUCACUGUAGAGUAAUACUGUAAGAAUAGGUGGUGUAGGUUACGACGGUGUAAAUUCAGUACAGUUCGAUGUUCUAGUAAUACGAUAUCGUCUCACAUUGUCAAAAUCGUGAUCGUUUCGUUCUCAAGUAAUCGUAUACGAAGCAUUUUUUAAAUAGGAACCCCAUUACAAGACCGACCAACUCGCAUUGGCUGAUGAUUUCUUGUCGUGCGUAGCCCCGGACGAAUUUACUUACUUAUAAUGUAAAUAUAAAUAAAGCAGCUUGUAGAUAUCUGUUUAAAAUUUAUGAAUCCAGCAAUAAAGACA